AUGUCUACUUCCAAAAGCAAAAUUCCGCCAAUCAACCAAGGCAGAUUAGAUCUAACAGGUAUGGGUCUUACAUCUCUUGAUGAAAUUCCCGUAAGUUCCAAAUUAAGGGAGUUAAUUCUUACAGAUAAUCAGAUUACUUCUUUCAAAUCACUUCAGCCGCAACCAAAUCUUACCACAAUCAUAGCAAAUAGAAAUCCUAUUAAAUAUUUAACUGGUCUUGAUAAAAUGCCAGCUUUAACAAGUAUUGAUUUAACCGAAACACCUCUUGAAAAGAAUAAUGAUUGCGUUGUUAGAAUAUUGUAUACAAUUGGUCCGAAAUUACAAUACAUCAAUAAGAAUAAAGUCACAGAAGAUGAUCAAACUCGUGCAAACAUCUACGAAAAGAAGAAUAUUGUCGAAAAGAAAUACUUACCAUUAGAGUCUGAAGAAGAUGAAGACUUAGAUCAGCUUUCACCAAUCGAAAAAAAGUCAUUUGAAAAAAUAUCGCCAAUUUACAUUCAGGAAAUGAGUAAGCAUUUUGCGGACAUAGCAUACAACGAAGCUAAGCUUUAUGAUCUUAAACAGUUCGGAAUGAUGCCUGUUAUAACUGAAGAUUCUACUUUUGAAGACAAAGUUCGCACCAUCGUACAUUUAAAGAAGAGAAUAAAUCUUCUUGCGGAUGAAAUCGAUAAGAAUUUGGAAGAAUAA